GUCGGAAACGUCAAGAAAUUCUGGCACAUCCUGGUUCGUGCGGAAUGGAUCGAAGAAGGGACAGGAGCGGCAGUCGUCCACGCCACUGCAUCAGACACGACCGAAAGGACACACACUGGUACGCGCACGAUUACGACGUGGCGCUGAUCGGGUCCAUCGACGGAUGCGAGUCGAAUGUGCCGCAUGACAGAGGACUCGUCCGUGCGGAAAUGGCCAAGUUUGACGCAUCGAAAGACCCCAACAUCAUGGGGAACCCCUACACGACCCUGUUUGUGGCUCGGCUGAAUUACGACACGUCAGAGGAGACGCUGCACUCCAUCUUUGGCAAGUACGGACCCAUUAAGCGUCUGCGCCUUGUCCGCCAUGUCGUGACCCAGGAGAGCCGAGGGUAUGCGUUCAUUGAGUAUGUGCACGAACGGGACUUUGAAGAAGCGUACGCUGCCACAAAUCGGUUGAUUGUCGACGGCCGGACCAUCCUCGUCGAGUACGAACGUUCGCGUGUCAUGAAAGGGUGGAAGCCGCGACGCUUGGGUGGUGGGUUGGGCGGUCGCAAAGAAUCCGGGCAGCUCCGCUUUGGCGGGCGCGACCGACCGUUCCGCAUGCCUGUGGGGGUAAAGCGGCAGCAGCAAGUUGACACGCGUUCGAGUUGUCGUCGGAGCCGAAGUGGCAGUCGGCGCAACCCACGCAUUGGAUAGCCUUAACUCAAUGGGAAUCGCCCAGUGCAACAUGGUGUAUUCGAUCCAGGAGCUGUUGUAUUCCUCCAAGCAUACUCGGCCAGCUACAACUUGAAUGGUCGUGGAGCCAUCGUCUUGUCGCGGCACCGCCGCAACGCCUCGCUUCCAUGCUCCAUGUACUCUGCCUUGGUGACGACGGCGUCGGCAAAGCGCGACGACAUCGCAAAUGCCUGGCAUCCUCUCCACACGGCACCAAUGGGGCUACCACAACGCUACCGUGAGUUGACGCGGGUCAAGACAGUCUCCAUACUCG